AUGAUCAACUACAUCAACAAAGUCAAUACUACCUGGAAGGCUGGACACAACUUCCAUAAUGUGGAUUACAGUUAUGUGCAGAAGCUCUGCGGAACACUGCUGAAUGGGCCGAAACUGCCUGUCAUGGUUCAAUAUGCUGGAGACAUAAAACUGCCUAAGGAAUUUGACUCUAGAGAGCAAUGGGCAAAUUGUCCAACUAUCAAAGAGAUCAGAGAUCAAGGCUCAUGUGGAUCAUGCUGGGCUUUUGGUGCCGCAGAAGCCAUCUCGGACCGUGUGUGCGUCCAUAGUGCUGGUAAAAUCAGUGUAGAGAUCUCUGCUCAAGAUCUGCUGACCUGCUGUGAUGGCUGUGGCAUGGGGUGUAAUGGUGGAUACCCCUCUGCAGCUUGGGACUUCUGGACAGAGAAGGGGCUUGUCACUGGAGGCCUGUAUGAUUCCAACAUUGGGUGUCGUCCAUACACCAUUGCUCCGUGUGAGCACCAUGUGAACGGCAGCAGGCCGCCCUGCACCGGGGAAGAAGGACACACUCCUGAAUGUGUGGCUCUGUGUGAACCUGGAUACUCUCCUGAAUACAGCAAGGAUAAGCACUUUGGAAAAUCCUCUUACAGUGUGCUGUCAGACGAAACACAGAUUAUGUCUGAAAUCUCCAAGAACGGUCCUGUGGAAGGUGCCUUCACAGUCUACGAAGACUUUUUGCUGUACAAAUCAGGUGUGUAUCAGCAUGUGUCUGGAGUAGCAGUCGGUGGUCAUGCUAUUAAGAUUUUAGGCUGGGGAGAGGAAGACGGUGUUCCCUACUGGCUCUGUGCAAACUCCUGGAACACUGACUGGGGAGAGAAUGGUUUCUUUAAAAUAUUGCGUGGGUCUGAUCACUGUGGCAUUGAAGCAGAGAUUGUAGCUGGCAUUCCAAAAUAA